AAGUUAGCGCCAUCUAGCAGAAAAAUUCAUAACAGGAACUGGAGUACAGAGAAGUCAAUAUUUUGACUACUCUGCAUUCUUGCUUACCGUGCAGUUUAAAUCACUUCUACUGGAGAUAACCACUGAUUGACAGCAAAAGACAAGAUGGACCUUCUAUAAUGAAGAAGUCUCAUUUACCUGCACCAUUAACACAUCUGGUAGAAAACAGCCCCUUGGAAUCUCAAGAGCAGACAUCACCAACAGAAAGCCAGUCAGGACUGCAUAUAACGGAAAGAGAGCCCAACCAACAGAUUCAAAAUUCAAACUCUUCCCAAGUCUCUGCCCAACAAUCUGGGCCAGCUGAGAAUACCGGCAGUGUACCAAAACGAGCAGAAAAAAGAAAGCAUGAGGAUUCUGAAAGAGAAUCAUCAUAUAGGCAUAGAAAACAAAUAGCGGGGGGUUCCCAAGAAUUGUCCAAUCCAAAUGUGGGAAACAGAAAAUCUGGUCUACAAAACCAUGGGGGGAGAGGUGAGGCGGAUGCAAAGGUUCCACAGUUACAGAGGUCCGUGGCAUCCACCUCCAAAAACCCGUUUGUUUUUAGUUCUCAUGUUGUAGUACCUGACACAAGAAAGACAAAGAAAUCUGGUCACCCUGUUGUUCAUUCAUUGAGUCAGAGUGAAGCUAAAAGUCAAGUCAAAUCACCCGCUAGACCUUCGACCUCUCAUCAGUCAUCAAACCAUAUUAACAAUCUAAGAAAUAGUGCAGACAUACGUACGUCAGUGAAUAGUGCUAGGUAUCAGAGAGAGCUGGUAGAGAGGUUGGCCCAAAGAGCUACGGGUAAUAAUGCUCAGUCAAAUUCAAGAACAAGAGUUGAGCGUCCUUUGCCCAGUAGAACAUCGAUACAAGAUGGCACAGGUGUACACCCUCAGCAUGACUUUGUGGUAAACCAGCAUCAGAGGGAAAGGGAGAGUAGAUCGUCACCCAGAAACAUCCGGGGGCAGUUGUCAAGAACUCCGUCAGCAGAGCACGUGAGAAAUUUGACUGCCUCGGAGACUGUAAGAAGUGCAUAUAGUCGUCGCAGAGCUCUGUUGGCCAGUCAUGAAAACUCACCAAUGUUGUCACACCAACCUGCGGCAGGCUGUUCGUCCACCUUGCUCCAGCUACCGUCGGAUGGCUUAUUUCCACUUUAUCCUCUGGGACAACCUGAUGAUGCAUCUUUCAGAUCUUCACUAGAGCUACCUUCAACAAUAUCAUUUUCCCAAGAGGAUCUCUAUAACUUUUCACCAUUCCAGUCACCUGCAGAUUGUACAUCAUCUCAGGAAAUGUAUUCAGUAUCUACAUCACCCAAAGGAAAAUUGUCUCAGUCCUGUGGAGAGGCGCUGUCUGGAAAUGCUGUCCCUCCUUCCAGUGUGGGAAUCAAGACAGCUGGACCAUAUCUGUUAGGUCCAAUACUGGGUUCCUCCCCAGUCAGGAGCAUUGUCCAGUGUCUAGCCAGAAAGGAAAAAACAGAUGACUUCUACACUCUGAAGAUUUUGACUUUGGAAAAAACAGGAAGAGAAACUCAGGAUGGUAAACAGGGCAAGAUGUUACUGCAUACAGAGUACUCCUUGCUGAGUCUACUGAGGGACCAAGAGGGAGUGGUCCAUCAUCAUGGGUUGUUUAAAGAUGAGGCAUGGGAAGAACGGGACACGUUGGACCAUUGGGGUCAUGUGGAGUUCACCGGACGGAAAACGACACGCCUUUGUCUGGUACUGGACUGUCUGACUCCCCAUGAUUUCAGCAGUAAGAAUGCGGAUCUCAUCAACUUACAGCACUACGUCAUCAAAGAGAAAAAGCUGUCAGAAAAGGAAGCCAUUGUCAUUUUCUAUGACAUUGUCCGUAUCGUUGAGAGUCUUCAUAAGAAAAAUAUUGUCCACCGAGACCUGAAACUGGGUAACAUGAUGUUAAAUAAGAGAUCACGGAGGAUCACAAUAACCAAUUUCUGUCUGGGAAAGCACCUGGUUUCAGAAAAGGAUUACCUCAAAGAUCAGAGAGGGAGUCCAGCGUACAUCAGUCCGGAUGUUCUUAGUGCUAAGCCGUACCUUGGGAAGCCCAGUGACAUGUGGGCUUUAGGGGUAGUUCUGUUCACAAUGCUUUAUGGACAGUUCCCGUUCUAUGAUGUGGUGCCACAAAAACUCUUUUCCAAAAUUAAAGCAGCUGGUUACAGCAUUCCACAAGAUGAGCGAGUGUCUACCGAUACCAUCAAUAUCAUUAAGAAGUUGCUGGUCCUGAAUCCAGACAGUAGAUACACAGCCAGACAAGUCCUCAUGGCUCUGACAGGGAUCAUAGAUAAAUGGAAGGCCAUGUCGUCUGAAUCAGGUCCAUUACAAGUGGUGCCAGAAAUAGACAUAGAAAUAGACAAGCCAAACCAGGACGCAAAAUGUGGUGACCAAUCUCGUGCACAGAAGACCGACACAAAGUCCCUCCACACCAAGGCAGAGGGCAUCACGUCCAGCUUGGGGACUCUGUCUGCAGACGGCCAGGAGGUAGACAAAGAAGCCAAGGCAGUCCGCAGUGGUAGGCGGCGUUCUUCUGUUCACCCCCCUGUAGAGAGAAUUAAUUAUGAUGCUGUUCCACUGACUACGGCGGAGGUCGAAGCUCAUCAGCAGUUUUUUGGCCAAAUAAGGACGUGAAAUUCAAUUCAGACAACAGUGCUAUCUGAGGACUUAUUUAUAUAUUAGAAUACAAGACAGAAUUCAGGUGAUAUUAAUUUUUUCAAUCAUACAUUUCAAGUUACACUAUGGAAAAAAAAAUUUAAAAAUCUUAUUUCAAGUUUAGGAAAAAAAUUUUUUUUACAAUUUCAUUGUUCGUCAUAUCUUUAAGAUUCUCAGAAUGAUUGUGAGAGUAGUACGUAUACAUGUUUAUAUUGCACAUAUUGCUUGUAAUGUUAUGAAAUUGAUAUUUAUCACAGUUUUGUAUUUCGUGUAGUAGAUUUUUAAUCUGUAUUUUUUUGAUAUUGUGAUGAAACUAGUAUUUCAAAAUACUUUUACCCAGGAUUCAGAAAGAAAAAUGAGGUUAUGUUGUAAAUGAAGUUGAAAUUUUGAAAUUAUAUUUUUGAUGAGCAAAUUUUUAGAUGAACCAGAAUAUUAUGUCCUAAGAUUAGCAAACAGUCCCUUUAAGAUUAUACCAUAGAUCCAGUCAUAUCUGCAAGGCUUUUAUUUCUGCAAAACUUUGCAAGAUUAUGAAUUCGCAAUAAUUUGUUGAUAAGAAUAUUUUUUAGUUGCUCAUGUUAAGAGUAAUUAAAUGCAAUCUCUCCCUGUGUAUAGAUAGACAAAGCCUCCGACAAAUUUUGGAUCUUCAGUCAUGUACAACUUAAAAAUGAUGCAGCUUAUGGAUUAGUGCUAUUAAAUUGUAUAUAUUUAAUAAAUGAUAAAUAAAUAUAUAUUGAAAUAAUCUACAGUCAUGUACAAUUUUUAAAAUGAAGCAAUUGAUGGAUUAGUGCUAGUAAAUAUUAUACAUGUAUAUCUAAUAAAUAGUAAUGAAUGUAUAUUGAAAUAUGUAGAUAUUUAAUCAUGUUAACCAAAUACUGCAAACUAUGGGCCAAAUCCUUAGAGCUGCAUUCAGUGUUCACGUGUUAUACAGUGUUGUUAUAUUAGCCUGACAGUCCCAGUUGUUUGGACUGAGACCUUGAUAUAGGGCAGUAUUUAUUGUUGUUACUCCUGUGAAACAGUUUAUAUGGCAUUUAUUACGUGUAUAUAUAUACAGAGAAUUUACCUAGGUUGAGAAAUUACGGAGGUUGUAAAAAUAACAUUAAUUUAUUAUCUGUUUUGUUUUAUUUAUUGUAUUGCAUUUGUGCCAAAUGUAAGAUGUAUACACACCAUAGCACCAAAUAGUAUAUAUGUGUAAGGAUAUAGAUUUGAUUCUUGAAAAACACCAAAUUUAGUUUUUUGUUAGGAAUUUUCUUAGAACAAAUAUGUGUCUACAUGAUCUGUAUACAAGUUUUGUUACAGAGUUUUGUACUAGUUUUUAGACUUAUUGUCAUGCCCUCAUUAACCAGAACAACUUCAUGUCUCCCUUUUUCAGAUAUUUGAUUAAAUGUAUUAAAUCUUCAUCUCUUUUUUCCCAAAAUGUGUAUUUGUAGGACUUGUUUAAUUUGUGCAUGAUCAAGGAAAGAUUUUUUUUUCAAAUGCAAGAAACUUGGCAGUUAUCUCAAUCCUGCUUUUUGUGUUCUUUUCUUUGCUAAUUAGAGAUAUCAAUUAAGUUCAAUUAACAAAACAUGCUGCACUUUAACUGUAUAGAAGAGUUUAAUUUAACCUCUGGUCUAUAUUAAGAAAGUAGUGAAAAGUGUUUGUAUAAAACAGUUAAUCAGAACAUCAAAUGUAUUUUUCAAAUGAAUUAUUGAUACAAUUAUAUUUAUGCAUGGUUUCAAUUUUAAGUGUAGGCUUUGGGUGAUCAUGAAAGAAUUUUUAAUUAUGUAUUUGAAAUAGCCAUAUUUAAGAAAUAUAUAUUACAUCUGUACUUGUCAAUAAAAAUUUGUUUUUGUCAAGGGUGUUUGUUUGAAGAAGUUGACAACAGAAAGCACAUGUCGAGAUAGAUUUGAGAGCUUUGUUUUAAGACAACCUAUAUCAAAAUUCAUAACAAAUAUCUUUAUUGCUCAAGAUUUGUAUCUUGGGGCACACACACACAUUACAAUUGGGAGUGUUUGAAUGGCAUGACAAAUUAUUAUAAAUCAUUUGUAUAGCCAGAGAAGAAUUGUGUGACAUUUUCAUGAUGGUAAUUGCAUUUAAUAUGAAAAUAUUUAACAAGAUUGUCCAAUUCUUGUAAAAAAUUUACACAGAGCAGUUGAUUGCAUUUCUUUUUUGAAAAAUUAACAAGGAGCAAUGCAUUGUACAAACUGGAAAACAAAUAGGUUUUUUUUUCAAUAAUACUUCUUAAUAUAUAUUUACAUCAAACAAAUAGAGAAAUGUUUUUAAAAAUUGGAAUAUUUUUCACAUUUAUGGUUAAAGCCUUACUUGAGUCAUUUUGUGUUCAUGAUUUGGUUUCGAAAUACCAGUCAGAAUAAUUAUUGUCUUUUUUCUGAAUGUGAUGUAUUUUCUUGUAUGAAAGUCGUAAAAAUUUCUAAUUUUGAACAAAACUUUUAUAAUCUUAACAAGUAUAUGUAAUGUCUGGUGGAAAGUUUUAGUUUUUUCAAAUGACGUGAAGUGUAGGAGCUAUGUGAAGCUAUUCCUAAAUAUUAAGUUUGAAGUUACUAUUCAAAUAGCACCAGUAAUUCUGUCAAAUGGAUAUACAAGUAAUCUUGUAUCUAUAGCAUGCAGUUUGAUUUAUGCUUUAAAGUACAACAAAUAAAAGAAAAAACUGUU